AUGCUUCAUCAUGUAUUUACAAAUCCCUUCCAAAUAAACAUCAGGACCCUCUUCUCUUCACAAUCUUCCAACGUCGUCACCAACAAUGUAUUCUACAACUCCACAGUGACGGGAACAAACCCCUUUGACAUUGUCUAUGGACUUUUCAUGUGCAAGGGUGAUGUCCCAUUUCAGUUGUGUGGACAAUGCAUUAUAAACGCAACGCAGAAACUAUCAUCAGACUUACAGUGCUCCCUGUCCAAACAAGUUGUGAUCUGGUACAACAAGUACAUGGUUCGCUAUUCCAAUCGCUCCUUUUUCUCCACCGUAGACACAAGGCCUGCUAUUGGCCUGUCCAACACCGCCAAUAUCUCAAACCAAGCAAACUUCACGUGUUUGAUGUUCGAAACCGUGAAUGAAACUAGGAGGGAGAAUUUUAAAUCCCAGUUGUAA